AUGCCCGACUUGGAGGCACGUUGGAAGAAAAUGUACAACUCCCUUUCUGCCAUUACUCCCAUCACCACUUCCCCAUUCGAUAAUGUCGUCGGGGCUCUAUCACACAUCCGAAGUGGCCAGCACAUCGGCAAGAUCGUCGUCUCUCUUGGUGACAAUGACGAUGUGCAAGUACCCAUCCGGCCGGCAAUUUGGUAUUUGAUUGUCGGGAGUCUGAAAGGCGCCUUUGGGAUACUAGCCAUUUAUCUGGCACGGCAUGAAGUAAAACAUAUCCGCGUCAUGAUCGAGGCAAAGGGUGAUGUAGCCGAUUUUGAGGUUGUCAGCGAACUGUUCCGAUUGGACAGUCCUCGAAUUGUCGGCAUUGUUCAAGGUGCCAUGGUGCUUCGGGACAAGCCCUACGAGAUUAUGACCCUCGACGACUUAUCACACGGCCGUCCGACCCAAGGUCCAGGGAACUUGAAUUUGCACCGUGCCGCUGAGCUCCAUAGCACCCCGUUGUCUUUCUUGACCCUGCUCUCCGGUACCUCGAGCAUCGGCACGGAAUCGAACGCACGACUCGACAAGCGCAUCUGGACACUCAUCAAUGAAGGCACGCUGCGCAAGAUCCUGACAUAUUCCAUUUUGCAACAAGAUCCUGUUGCCCCGCCGAGCACGUCCACUAGCAUCGAGAUAGUUACCGGUGCUGGUUUCCCGCUGCCUGUCAAAGGCACAGGUGCUGGGAGUGAUCCGCGCCUCAGCUACAUGUUCAACGGCAAUGCGGAUGCCACAGGAGUAGAGGCGAGCGACAGCAGUGACUCGGUUGACCAGGCAAUUCUGGCAUUCUGCUUGAUGCAUAACUCGGGCGCUGACAUAGCUGCCCUCGGCAAGGUAGGCCUAGAGGUGAUCUCGGGACAGUUCGUCAAGCCUCUGAGGCUGGAGACUGAGCCGGAGGCAGCACAGCCUUUGAUUGAGUACGGAUUGGACUUGCUGUCGGCUGUGGAGCUCCGGGAUUGGAUUAGGAUAAAAUUGGAGUCAGAGCUGACAAUGCUGGAUAUUACAAUUUACAAAUGCCGGGUCUCCGAUUGCCCUUGCUGA